ACUAGCGACACCGCUCUCAGUCGACAUUAAUCAUAGCUAGAAGCCAGUUGGACUUCGUCGUCGUCGUUGUCUGUGGGUUUUUUUGCUUGCUUGCUGGCUCUAGAGGAAAGAUUUUGUAUUUUUACUUUUUAAGUUCACUCUCUCUGUCUCACUUCCUACCUCUCUCUCGCUAUCUAUCUUGCCCCUUUUUUUGUCUCCGUUUUUUUUUUUUGUUUCCCUUAACUAUCGGUUUUUUUGAUUUUACCAUAAUCAAGCGCGCUUUGAAGUUAAUAUACUUGAUAUAGUCGCGGUGGUAACUUAUCGCGGUUAAGUGGAAUUAAAAAAACAAGGUUAAAAGGUGUACAAGAAUUAGAGUAUACACAGAUAGAGCACAUGUGUCUUUUUUGUUAAUUGUGUCAAAGUUUGUCUGCAUUUUUGUCCAAAUUUGUCCAAGAAAGAAAUCUAUCUAAAGUGCUUUUUAUAGUGUGAUCUCUUAAGAAUCUGAGUGGCAAGUGAUCUGUUUUAAUUUAUUUUUAUUGUGAAAUAAAAAACGAAACAUAUCAAACAUACCCAAUAACCAUGGAUUACAUUGUCAGAGCUUACAAGGAUUGGAAAUUGCAUUCACAAUUCACAGAGAUCGUACAAGACAUGGACGAAGACUACAUGUUUAAUGAAAAACAAUCAAUUCGUGAGUCAGCGAGAUCUCUGAAAAAAUACGGCAGUACCUGUAAUCACAUGAGAAACAACGACACAUUGGUUAAGCAUGACAUCGAGAAAACUGAUACACUCCAAGGAAUUGCCCUUAAAUAUGGAUGCACGACAGAACAAAUACGUCGUGCAAAUCGUCUAUUUGCAUCAGAUAGUUUAUUUCUGCGUCAAUAUUUACUAAUACCCGUCGAUAAGUCAUCACCCUAUUAUCCGAAAGAUGAUCGACCUCAAACACUACCCACAAGACCAUAUUCGAUUGCGGGUAGCGAAAUGCUAGCUAGCACAGAACAAUCUUCACCACAACAAAAUCACACAAGCAAAAAUGGCAGCAAAUCAAUGGAUUCGGUUACAAUGAGUCCGGAGGAAGAGAAUAGAAAAUGCAUCGAUGAAUUUCUGGGCAAAAUUGAUUCGACAAUAGCCGAGUCCAAGAAAUAUGUAGAAAAGUCACAAUGCAACAGAACAGACCUGUUAACGAGUCAAAGUGAUGACGAUCUAUUUACAACCGGCGGAGUACGCCGAACAAUAAGCCCCAAUUCCAGCUCAUACAAACAACACUAUCAGCAAAAUAACCAGACAAGUCAUACACGUCACAGUUCUUCAGGAAGCACCUCCGACACAGCGCAGCUCCUCAAUAUAACCCAAGGUCGGCGAGUGCAAACCUCCCUGCAGCGCCUCGAAAAACAACAAGAUGAAUUCUUCGAAUUGUAGCAUAAGGCAAAUAACAUCAAAUCAACUUACCAUUACUUUACAAAUUAUUUACAAUUAAAUUGCAAUUAAUUCCUAAACUGUGUUAUAAAAAAAAUACAAAACAAAAAAAAUAAAUAAAUAAAAAAAAAAUACAACAAAGCAACUAUACAAAAUAUACAACCAAACUAACAAAAAAAAAAAAAUAUUCACAUUCUAUUACACAUUUUUUCUCGAUUCUUAAAGCAAAAAUUUAUUAAAGUUUGAAUUUUUGUUCCCUUUUUUAACAAAAUUUAUUUAAAAUUUAUAAAUUAAUUUAUUACAUACGUAAUGUUCGAAGUGCGGUGUGAGAAACUACGAAAUUUUGUACUAUCAAUUUUCUAUGAUUCUAUGAUUUUUCGGCUGUUAUCUAUUUUUUGUUUAUUAUAUUUUCUACUUAAGUUUGUUGUAUUAUAGAAAAAAAAAAUACAUAAAAUAGGAAAUAUUAUACACGUUUAU